AAAAGGUUGUCAAAUUUGUCCCUUCUUUCUCCUUAAACUAACACCAUAAUUUCUCCAAAUAGUCCACCGGUCCUCCCUAAUGAGACAAGGUAGUCAUACAAAUCUUCAAAUUCAUUUCACCACUAACACAAAAAUUGAACUUUUGAUAAUAGCCGAGUAGUAUAUAUUUAAAAAUUUCAACCACUUACAAUAUUUUAUCUAUAUCUCACCACUCAAAUUUUUUAUUUUUUAACUUACUAUGUACCCAAAAAAAAAAAAAAAAAAUAAUAAUGAAACAAGGCUCCUAUUUUUUAGUGCAUUUGUCUAUAUGUCGUUUAUAUAUAUAUAUGGUUGGAGAUAAAGAUCAACCAACCAUAUCCACUCUAAUAUGCCACAAUAACAAAAUAAACAUUCCACAAAAAAAUAAUCCACCAUAUAAUAAAGUUAGAAUCUAGUAUUUUUAUAUCUUCAUCACUACUACAUAUAUUCUCCACCCAACAACAUAAUUCUUAAGCUAGCUUAAAACUUUCAUAUUUCCUCUCUCAAAAAAAAAUAUAGAAAAAAAUGAUACCUUCAACCUUUUCCCUCAUUUCAUCUAACCUUCAUCAAUAUCCUAGAAGAAUGUUACUACACUCCCCAUUUUUCCAUCAUAGAGUACAACCUACAACGGCGACACCCCCACCACCACCAAGUGAACAACAUGCGUACACGACCGUGCCGCCAAAGCACGGUGGGAGUAGUAUGGAUGCUAAUGUUGUCAUGAUCUUUUCAGUCUUAUUAUGUUUACUAAUAUUCUCGAUAUGUAUUAAUUGUUUAAUUAGGUGCAUGUUUAAGUGCCUAAUUAUGAUUACUACUCGUAAUACCCAAGAAAGAAGUCUACGUGAUAAUAAAGUGGUUAUUAGUAGUGGUUUAGACAAAAGGGCAUUAAAGACAUUUCCAGUGGUGAAAUAUUCGAAAGAUGUGAAGGUUCAAGGAUUGGGCAGUGAAUGUGUGAUAUGUUUGGCUGAUUUUAAGGGAGGAGAAAAACUAAGGAUAUUACCAAAAUGCCAUCAUGGAUUUCAUCUUAAGUGUAUUGAUAAAUGGCUUGGUUUUCAAUCUUCUUGCCCUAUUUGUAGGCAAUCUUUGAUUGACACUUGUCAGAAGAUCAUUGAUUGUGAUCAUCAAGCUACAUCGUCGUCGUCGUCGACGUCACCAUCUUCACCUAGUGAGGUUGUUGUGAUUAGUAUUGUGCCACUCGAAAGAGAAGGUUUAGUAAUUUAAUUUAAUCAAUAGCCAAUUAACUAACCCUGCUAACUAGGUACUUAGGUUUGUAAUCGUACAAAAUUAUAGCUCAAGAUACAUUUUCUAUUGGAUUUCCAAAUUAUACAAAGAAUUAACAAUUUGCCAUAAUCUUUUGGUA